AGGGAACCAAGAGAUGCUGUGCAUUUCUCUCGUCCCCCUGACACAGCCACUAGGUGACGAUGCUUCCAAUUCUCUUUAAAGAAACCUUGCUUUCUCAGGCCCAGGUGUCCAGCUGCACACCAAGGACGUCCCUGGCUCCCAGGCGCGGUUCCCAGGCCGAAGGCCGAGCUCCCCUCCGAACCCCCAUUCCAGCAGACCUUGCUCCUGGCAUUGUGGAGCAGCCAUUUCACGUCAGCCUUUUCUCCUGGCAGUCAGCUUACCGCCGUAACCUCUGCCAUCGGGGCGCCCGAGAGCCGUGUGAGGUCAGCAGAGAGUCACUGUCAGCCUUUGAGCUCCCAAAGGUGGGUGGCCGUAAGUGCCCUGAGCGUCCAGCUCGCAUUGAGUACUGCUGGUGGCACUCGAGGCGUGGACGUCUGGAUGGUGGAAUGGGAGACGCCGAUGUCCUGCUGCUGGAACGAGAGACGCUGAUGUGCUGCUGGUGCAGGAGGAGACUUGAAGGUGCUGCUGCUUAGAGGUGCUGAGGAGCCGGCAGCCUCCGUCCCGGUGGCUGAGCAUGCUACUCUUAAUUAGUGCUCUACCCUUCCUAUCUUUUUACUAAGGUGGAUAGAGAGAAAUGCACAUAUCUGUUUAUUUCCUGGUAAGAAAUGUAAGAGCCUUGUAUCUGCAUAUUCACCAGAUUCAUCCCAGCGCCCUUGGUACUGGGGAUCUGUGUUGAUCUGUAAUAAAGAGCAAUCGGUAGCACACCAAGUCUCCGUGACCUUGCAUCUAACAGAAUCGUCCAAAUCCCCGUUGUGAUCUCUCUAUAGCUGUGGGCUGGCUAAGCUGUCUGUUGGAUGGUGACAAUGGGAAAUGAUUGGGAUGGGAAAUGAUGAGUGGGCCGAGAGAUCAUUGCUGGGAUGGGAAGACUUCCUUGGGGUGGGAAGCCAUUGGGAUAGGAAAUCAAAGGGAUGGGAAAUCUUCCCUGGGUUUGAAAUCAUUGGGAAGCAAAAGCAUUGGGAUGGGAAAUCACUCCCGGGAUGGGAAAGUAUUGGGAUGGGAAGUGUUUAAUGGGGCGGGUAACAUUCACUGGGCAAGGAAGUACUUGGAAAAGUAAUCAGAGAGAUGGGAAUUCUUUGGGAUGAGAUCUCUUUGGAUUAAGAAACGCUUCGUGUCGAUGGGAAAUAUCUCGUAUGGGACUCUGUUAUCAUGUGAAAUUGUAAGGAUGGGAAAUGACCGUUAGGAUGAAAAGCUGGUACUGGGACGGGAAACGCUUGGGACGGGAAAGUGUUGGUGUGAAACCGUCCUGGGCAUGGCAAAUGAUGCGUGGGAGGGAAAGCCUGAUGGGGAUGGAAAAGUCUUGCGAUGGGAAGCCUGCUUGGGUCCAAAGCCUGCAGUCCUCACCAAGAUGGCGGCCAGGGGCUGGUCAGCCGUUGGGACGGAACCCCCGUUGCCCGGGCUCCCCAACCGACCGCCCCACUCUCCAGCCACCAUGGCAGAGGGUUUCCCCAGACGGCUUCCGCGGUUUCCGCAGACGCAAAACUCCCCCUUCGUCGUCCCAGCCGUGCCGCCAACGGUGGCUGCCUGGCUGCUGCCCUCCCUCCCCGGAGCGACGGCGCUGCCCUUGCAGCCCCCCCAGGUACCCACCCUCCCCUACGCGCUGCCCCAGGCCACCGUCUGGCACGUGGUGCCGGGGGUCCAGGGCCAGGUGCUGCAGCUCCCCGCCGGGGUGCAGCUGCCAGCUGGGGGGCACCUCCCACCCGAGGGGCACCACCUGCAGCUUGGGCAGCUCCCCGCCGUGGGGCAGCUCCCUGCUGUGGGGCAGCUCCCCCACACCGCUCCUCCGUGUGCCCCCGUCUACCAGUGGGGACAGCCCGUGGUGACGGGGACGGUGCUGCCCCAGGAUCCCCUCUGGUUGGGGCCCGGGGCCGUGCUCCAUGGGGAGCUCCUGCACCCCGCAGGCACCUGCCUGCUGCAGGCCCCUGCCCACCCCGGCCCCCCACCACUCCUCGUCCCGGGGCCUCCGCUGCGGGGGCAGGCGCUCCUCGCGCCCCGCACCCUGACCAGCAGCCGGGGGCAGCUGCCGGAGCCCUGCGACCACGCCGUGGGGCUCAGCGAGGACCAGGGGCCCCCGCUGCCCGGCCCCACUCCCCCCGAGCCUGCCCAGGCUCCAACGACCGCCAGCACCCAGACGGUGACGCCCGACGCGGCGACAGUUGCAGAGGUGCCUGAGGAGCCCCUGGAGCUGCUUGAGCUGGGCCCCGAUGCCUUCGCCGAGGCCUUUCCCUACCUGGCAGGGGACAGCCAGCAGCUGCAGCACCUGCAGGACCAGCUCCCGGCCGACCUGGACAUCUCCGGCUUGGAGGAGCUGCUCAGCUGGCUCGAUGCCGUGAAGCCCCAGGACGCCUUCCCCGGUGUCCCCAGCAGUCCUGUGCUCGGCCGCUUCCUCUCUGAGCUGCCCGACCUCUCCGAGGACAUCGAGGAGCCGAGCGCACAGGGACUGGCAGCCACCAGAGCGCUGGGUGAGGUACCCUCAACCCCUGGGGUGCACCCCGAGAAGGUGCGGGGUGGGCGGUCGGUGCAGCCCCCUGCUGUGCCGGCAGUGAGCUCCCCCCUCAAGCCUGCAGCCAGUCCCCAGCUCAGUGCCCUCAGGAGACCCCUGCCCAACCCUCCCUUCACUCUCCCCAAAAGGCCCCCCCACCCUGAAUUCCUCACUGCCCUUAGCAGACCCCUGCCCAACCCUCCCUCGCGUCCCCUCAAGAGACCCCCCGACCCUGAAUUCCUCACUGCCCUUAGGAGACCCCUGCCCAAUCCCCCUCUGAGUCCCCUCAAGAGCCCCCCCGACCCUGGAUGUAUUAGAGCCCUUAGGAGACCCCUGCCCAAUCCCCCUCUGAGUCCCGUCAAGAGCCCCGCCGACCCUGAAUUUAUUAGAGCCCUUAGGAGACCCCUGCCCAAUCCCCCUCUGAGGCCCCUCAAGAGCCCCCCGCCUGCCCCUGCGCCCACCGGCACCAAGUGGGGGGCCAAGCGCCCCGCGCCCACCAGCACCCCCAGCCAAGCAGGCAGCGGCAGGCAGCAGCCGGCGAGCGACAGCACCAGGGCGCCCGGCAAGAGAGCCCGAAGCCCGGGGGCUGCUGGGGGGCAAGGAGCAGCGGCACCGCCUCCCCGGAGAACGCAGCUGCUGCUGGAGCCCCCCCCCAUUAAGCCCCGUGCCCGUGCCCGUGCCGUGCGGGCCCAGGACAGGCUCCGUCCCCAAGCCAUCGGGGACAAGACGCUGCAGCGCCAGCACCCGGGGCCAAAGACCCCCAGCGAGACUUUGCAGCCGCUGGGGGCCAGGGCGAAGGCGCUGGGGCCAGUGCGCCAGCCGCCCUGUGUGCAGCCGCAGCCCACCUCCAGCGGCCCCAGCAGCAUGCCCAGGGCCCCGCCGACGGUGCCAGGCUCCGGCGCUGUGCCCGCUGCCCCCCGGCCCCCAGCUGGCGACAGGGCCCAGGCGGUGCCGGCACCACCAGGCAGCGCGGCGCGAGCGUGGAGAGCUCCCCUGCAGCAGGCGCCCAGAGCCCCGUGCCUGCCAGCCGCGGGGGGCCAAGCGCAGCGGGAGGCUCUGCCCACGCAGCCGCGCACGCUGCAGCGUCCGGCGCAGCCCCGCGUGGACUACGUGCCCUGCGUGCGGCCCUGGGCGGGCAGCGGCGCGGCACCCACGCCGCUGGAGGAGCAGGAGUCGUCGGCGCCCAUCACGCCGCAGCAGCGUCCCGAGCGGGAGCGCCUGAAGAAGCUGGCCCAGGAGGAGCGGCAGCGGGCGGCCCACCAGACGAAGAUCGGCCCCGUGCAAUUCUUCGAGCAGCGGCAGAAGGACCACGCCAUAGCCAAGUAUUACGGCUACCCGUGAGCCUGCGCUCCUCGACGGCCCCCGCAGCACCCAGGCCCGCUCAGCAUGCAGGCACAGAGACCUCUGCAGGCGCCUGCUCCAGCUUCAGACACGCUCCUCAGCCCUUGCCCCUCUCGCUCGCCCUCUCCCUUCUCCAGUGCUGGAGCUAGGCAGUGUUUGCCACUGUCAGGGAUGGGCAACUGGGGCAAUGGGAAAUGCGCGGGUCACGAAUGAACGUUGCAAUGGGAAGCUGUUGGGAUGUUGGCAAUAGCUGGGGUGGGAAAGGUUGGGCAUGGGAACUGCUUGUUGGGACACCAAAUGGCUGAGAUCCAAAACUUAUUUCUUCUUUCGGGUCAUUUCUCUUAUUUAGUGCCUUCCUUAUUAAAUUCCUCUAGUGUAGGUGUUCACUCAGCAAGGCCUGUGCCUGCAGCUGUUCUUGCACUGGGAUGCCGAGGGGAUUUCAUGCAGCCCGCUCCCGCUGCCCAUGCUCAGUCCGUGCAUGGAUGUGGGCAUGACCAGCACGGACGGGAGAAAAUGGGUGGACGGCUGGGUGGAUGGGAGGGUGAUGGGAGCUGGGAAUUCAGCCUUGGGAUCAGAAACGGGAGGUUGUUGGGAUAGGAAAUGAUCAGGGGGAUGGGAAGUCAUGAUGGGGAUAGGAAUUCAUUAGAAUGGGAAAAAUUGGUUUUAUUUUUAUUUCAUUAAAUUUACUUUAUUGACUGGGUUGUACAGGAUGGCAUUUCUUUAGUUUCUCUUCCUUUUCUACCCUAUUAAACUCUCUUUAUCACAACGCA